CCUCAAUCCACAACAAGUCCCAUUUGGGAGGGCCAUCUCACUCAACACAUUGGGCGGAGACAGCAACGAGACGGCCAGGCUGGAGUAGACACCGCCAUCAUGACACUGGCACCGCACGAGAGCGGCCUGUCCAGGUCGUUUGCCGUCGAGGACAACACUGACCUCGCACUGCUCGACCAGCACCUACUCAAGACAAACACGCUCACAAAGCACAUGACAACCAUCCUCCACCAGCUGGACACGCGUCUCUCAAGACUAGACAAGUCGAUCGGCAAGCUUGGAAUCCGCGAGAUCACGCGACAGAGUUCAAACCUUGACGCCGCACUCGAGAUCCUCACCGGGACGCGGCCAGCGCCAACGGCGUUGAGCCACAAGGCAUCGUAUGGCGGCUCAUCGGUCAACAGCCAUGCUGGUGUCAACGGAACGAGCAGCAGGGCAACCAGCAAGGCGGGCAGCAGGGCUGCCAGCUCGUCGGGCCACCAGAGAGGGCUGAGCUCGAGUCACACGUUUGGCAACCUGGCUGCCGAGGCGCCGGCCAAAGACCCCACGACGCCUCCUGUCCCGUCAAUAUCUGUCAUGGAGCGUGGGCGCGCUGUUCCCCGGCCCGAUGUUGUGCCACGAUGGGCGACCGAGACGCCUACGCCAAGCUCGACCAACUCGUCGACGACGCGAACAAGAGUCACGACACCGCAGACCAACACUGCUGCUACGACGCCUCAGCAGCCUGCCUGGACUCCGAACGCUGCGUCCGAUCUCCCGUCACCGGGCGGUGCUCGUGCCAUCGUGUCGAGAGGGCCAGACAUUAUGAGCAUCGGCGAGUACUUUGGCGCGCUCGAGGUUCUUAUCGCCGACCUCGAGCACAUGAACCAGGGCUUGGCAGAAGGACGUGGCGGAACACGCGAGCAGGGUGUUGCGGAGCUGUCUGGAGUGAUCGAGCAUGGGUACGGCAGCGCGGUACAAUUGUUGCUCAAGCUCGUGCGGGACACGCUACCCCGGCCAUUCGAUGCCGCGACGCUGGCUGACUCGCCGCCUUCGUCUGCCCAGGCGUGGUACCCCCAGCUCACAACCAUCAUCCCAUUAUCAACACGGCUCGUUGGGCUUGUCAACCCCAACACCCCCAAGGCGAUGGACGUGUUGCAGCCCAUCCUCAACAACUGCAUUUCUGACAUUGCGUCCAUUCGCGGAGACUGGAUCCGCCGAUCGCUGUCGUCGCUUGCGGCGCGCACCGAUGAGGUCAAUGGUGGCGGCUCAUGGGAAGGCAGAGGCGGCGAGAAGGUCAAGCUAGUCAUGCGGUUGUGGGAGUCCUUCCUCGUCGCGGCUGAUGCAGAGGCAUCUGUAGCCCAGCACGCAAUGCCUGGGGACGCUGGUCAGGCCCUCGUCACGUUCACACUCGUCCACGCCUUGACAGUGCUCACCUCGACCAUGAACCAGGUCGUUGCACAGAUCAAGCGGUCCCUAUCGGCUCAGACCUUGGUCAUGCUCGACCUCUUCUCAUGUCUGGCCUCGUUCCAGCCACGAUACGAGAACAAGAUGGCGAGCAUCGUUGGCCAGCUCCCCGAGGGACGAGACAUUGUCGGUGCACCCAACGCGCCUAUCCAGACUCUGAGAGGACUGGCUCUUCGAUCGUUCCCCGAGCGGCUGGUUGACAUUCGCGCUCCAUCGCGAAACUCUGGCAUGUCCGCUGCUAUCGACGACACGACACACAGCACACUCGCGUUCCUUGAGGCACUGCCAUCGUUCGGACCCCUGGUCGAGGGCCUGCUCAGAUCAGGUGGCAGCCACGAGAGAACGUGGCUUAUGGGCAUGAAGGACCACCCGUCCCCUGCGCGCAACGCUGCAGAGGAGGGCGGCACCCUCAACCUCUACGCGGCCGAUACUCUUGGUACACUCCUCAUCCACCUCGACCAGCAGGCCAAAACGAUGCGCAGGCCCAUAUCGUCUACGUACCUGCUCAAUAACUUGUCAUACAUCCGCAACACGACGUCGUCCUUCAACGCGGAUAUCAUCGGCCCCGCGGCAGAGGACAUGAUGAACCGCCACUUCCGGGAAGCCAAGUCGCAGUACAUUGGCGACUGGCAGGCAUUAGUCCAGACACUCAGCAUCCAAGCCCAGUCGCGAUUCCCUGGUGGAUCGACCGACAAGCAGUCGGCCAAGGAGUCUGCGGCUGCGUUCUUUGAGAAGCUCGUCGACCUCGAGUACACAUGUCGCCAGCACCCGCUUUCACGACAGGACAUUGACUUGCGCGACCGCGUCAGCGCCGAGGUGACCGAGCUUGUCUCGUCGGCGUACCAGGCCUUCUGGACCAAGGCGCACGGCAAGUACGACAAGUACCUCAAAUACUCGCCCGAGGAGAUUCAGCGGCGCGUGCAGGCCGUAUUCCGGUGAUUCUUGUGAUCUUGGCUGCCUCACUCUUGAGAUUGUACAGUAUAAUGUUGCGC